AUGACUGUCUACAGGCUGCCUGCUUCAAUCAGUUUCGACGAAGUGAUUCAGCGAGUCUCACGAGAAAACGUUGGGGCAGUCGUCCGGUGCGCGGUCGGUGAAGAGCAGCUCGUGGUUGCGACGAGUCACCGUCAAGAGGCAUGGACCGUGUUGAAGAGUUUUUUGAUCAACAGAUGCGUUCCGAUGGAAGCAAGGGAAGAGGAGCCAAGUCUUGGUCUCGAAAAGCCACAGUACUGGGAUCGCCUUCCUGCGAACGGACGCACUCCAAUGGAACGAAGCGACCAUGGGCGCGGUCUGGAGUUUCAGAAGUCGAGUCAAGAUGAUCCCGUUUUCGAGAAAGAAUGCCUCUUGUCCGGUUAUGGUGCACAAGCGCCCUCUCAAACCGGGACAGAGAGUUUGCAGAUACCGCAGGUCGCUUUGCUCGAAGAGCCUGUGCCCCCAGCGUACUUGAAGAAAGCUGAAAACGCAGCAGUGAGCUUUUGUGGUCUGGUACGCAAGGAUCGACUUUCCAGCGAUAGGGUCGUGUCGGCACUUGUUUACGAAAGUUACAGAGAAAUGGCAAUGCUCUACAUACAUCGCAUCGCUGCAGAACAAAACCUCCACAUGUUUGUCCAUACUGUUGCAGGAAGCGUGCCCGUGGGUUCCGUCUCCGUGCUGGUGACUGGCCCCUCAGUGGAGAGCGUACGUCUGGCGCUUGAGGCUCUCAAGCGCUAUGUACCUAUCUGGAAAGAAGACGUCAGUGUUCCAUGCAUUUAG